CACCUACAUCUGCGUGCAGUCGCUGUAGCGGAGGGGACAAACUUGUGGAUGUUGAGUUGGCAGUUUGGCUUGGAUGUGAAUACAGACGCAUAUUUGUGUUUGCCUUAAAAUAUGCGUCUUUCGAGCAGGCGUUUUUAAUUUUAUUGCUCAACUAACGCGCAGCGGGUUGUUUCUGUGUCUAUGCCGUGACCAGAGAGCGGCGUCGCAACGUUACGGUCUGGGGGCGACUCAACCCACCCACCGUGGGCAUCACUUAAACCAGCUUUGGUUCUGUUUGUGUACUUGUCCUUCUUUCAUCCCUGUUUCAGUCCGAUGCGGCGGCUGCCAUGCCACUAAGGAAAGUAAAUGUCGUCAUCCUCAUACUGCUGGCGGUGGCCUUCCUGAUCAUAGUUCAGAGAAACCUUCUGAACCUCAGUGACUUCCUGCACAAAGAGAACCCAGAUGCUGGACAGAUCCUCCCUUUCGAGGCCGAGCUGUCCAAGGACGGCAGGCAGAAGAUGGAGCGCAAAGCAGAGGAGAUCCCUGUUCUCAUCACCGCCACCGAGGACCGGCUGGGCGCUGCGAUCGCUGCCAUGAACAGCGUCUCCCAGAACAGCAAAGCCAGGGUGGUCUUCACCAUUGUGACCAUGAAUGACACGGCUGACCAUCUAAAAGCGUGGAUGAGUAAGACGGAGCUGAAAAAUGUCAAAUAUAGAAUAGUUAUUUUCCAACCAGAGCUUCUCAGUGGGAAGAUAUCAAAAGAUCCAAAAACGCUGGAAGCUACCAGACCAUUGACGUUUGCCAGGUUCUAUCUGCCUGUGUACAUACCGGAGGUGGAGAAGGCCAUCUAUCUGGAUGAUGAUGUUGUCGUGCAAGGAGACAUUCAAGAGCUGUUUGAAACCAACCUGAAACCAGGACACGCAGCUGCCUUCUCUGAUGACUGCGACUCGGCGUCCGCUAAGGGCAUCGUCCGCGGGGCCGGAAAUCAGAACAACUACCUGGGUUUCCUGGACUUUAAAAAGGAAGCUAUUAAAAAGCUGGGGAUGAGGGCCAACACGUGCUCCUUUAAUCCGGGCGUCAUCAUCGCAAACCUGACCGAGUGGAAGAACCAAAACAUCACCCAGCAGCUGGAGUACUGGAUGGAGCGCAACUUUCAAGAGGAUUUGUACAGUAAUACACUCGCAGAAAGCAUCACGACCCCUCCACUUCUCAUCGUCUUUUAUAAACGUUACUCCUCCAUCGACCCCAUGUGGCACGUGAGACACCUCGGUACUACAGGUGCUGGAAACCACUACUCUCCCCAGUUUGUGAGAGUUGCCAAAUUGCUGCAUUGGAACGGACACUACAAGCCCUGGGGGAGAGCGUCCGCCUUCUCUGACGUGUGGGACCAGUGGUUCAUUCCUGACCCCACAGGGAAGUUUCAUCCCGUGCGAAGACACGCAGACUGAACAGUAAUAAGGAAACCUUUGGACCAGUGCAGCCCUUAGUGGAUCACACCUUUCCCCUCAGGAACUAAGCUUUUCCUUCGCCAGCGGUCUUAUUUUUGAUCCUCUGGAUUUGUAGACCUCUUUAUUCCGACAGUACCUUGAACACAGACUUUUAUUCUCUUUACAAAAAUGUCUUUUCCUCGCAACGACUCUGAACAGCAUUCCAUGACUCCUAAGGUUUCUGUCUUCAGAGACCGUAUUGACCACAUCCUACCUUGUUCCAUUUAGCAGAUUACAGUUUUUAGAUGCUGUGGCUCAUACAGAUCAGUCACUGCCACACAGGUGCAAUAUAAUAAAACUGUUACCAUUUUCACAAGUUUAGUCUUAAGCUGCCAGCUCAGCCAGCACCAGGUGCCAAUAUUAAACUACAAAAGUAUCUGUUGGUUCUUGCACUGCAAAAAGGGAACUCAAAGUCAAAUUUUCUUGAAAUUAGUAUAUUUUCAUUUUCAU